AAUUAACUAAAACCCAAAAGAGCAGAAGAACAGAGAGAUAAAAAGGACAUCAAACAUGAAUCUUAGCUCCCCAUUCCUUUCCCUUCCCCGUUUUCCCUCUGCAAAGAGAUUCAAACCAUCAAUUAUUAGAAGCAGCGGCAAUUCAACUAAUUAUGAUGUGAAAGAAGAAAAAAUGGAUGUUGAAGAAAUCAGGGUGUGCACAAACAGGACGUGCAGAAGACAAGGGUCAUUAGAGAUUCUUCAAAUUCUUUCAGGGCUUUCCCCUUCCGGCGUCUCUGUGAACUCCUGUGGUUGCUUGGGUCGUUGCGGGUCGGGUCCGAAUGUAGUCGUUUUGCCUCAGGCACUCUUUGUGGGUCACUGUGGAACCCCUUCGAAAGCAGCCCGUCUCAUGAUUUCGCUUGUAUUUGGUGGGGAUAGUAGUGAUGAGGUGGAGAGGAAGAGUAGGGAGUGUUUGGAAGCAUUGGCUUUGAGGAAAAGAGCUGAAGAUGAGAUAGAUAAAGGGAACUUUGAUGAAGCCCUGGUUUUGCUUUCUCAGGCCAUAAAUCUUAAGCCAAUUGGAGGUGUUCAUAUAAUGUACAAAAGCAGGUCCACAGCUAGGUUGGCUGUAGGAAAUAUCUCUGGAGCUCUUGAAGAUGCUAGAGAAGCUUUGGCACUUGCUCCCAAGUAUGCUGAGGCUUAUCUCUGCCAAGGUGAUGUUUUAAUGGCCAUGGAUCAAAUUGAUUCUGCAGAAAAAUCCUAUGCAAUGGCGUUGGAUUUUGAACCAUCUCUUCGUCGAUCAAAGUCUUUCAAGGCUCGGAUUGCAAUGCUUCAAGAGAAACUCACUCCUGCAGAUCCUUCUUGAGUUCUUCCCCUGUCUAACAGUAUCCUUGCACUGUUCUGGAGGCUGACGUACCCUUAACCUUUUUAGCAAAGGCCUAUAAGUAUUCACCCAAGAUAAAUGGUUCAGUCAUCAAUUCGGAUUAUUCCAAGCUUUGGUCUUUUAUAAGGCUGUCUUGCUAAAUUGAUGGACCAAAUACUUUGAUCAGAAACUUGUGCAAACUCGGAAAAUGAGCAACAGGGGACUCUGAAUAUUCGGUGGCUGAAGAGAUCUGAAAGAGAAAGUUGGAUGAUUUCCAUGCAAGUUGUAGCACCAAAUAUUCGGUGUUGGAGAAGGGACCAAGUGAGUGGUAAUGAUGUUUCAUUCUUGUAGCCCCAGUAGAAACUGAAUUAGCAUUGUGAAGUUGAUUCAUUUCGACAAUUGCUAAUGUUUCUUCUUUACAAAGCGUCUGCAUGCCGACCAUGAAGACCUAAAUUCUUUCAAUACUCAAUCUUAAUUUGUGGCUCAUGCUAAACACAUGGGAAGAGGGUAGUACUGGAGUAUUGCAUGUACACUUCAUCCAAUUUGAGAUUCAACUGACAAUUUUUCCUUUGUUCAAUUAUUUUCUUGGUCUAUUUUGGAAAUUAUCUCCUAGCAGUUUAAAUGUGAUUAGCUAAGGAUUACUGCCUUUUUUUUACAUUCUAUGUGCAAAUGGGCCAAAUUAAUUGGAAGUUGUUUCGUAGUUUUUGUGCAUUUAAUUGGAUGUGUUAAGUGAUUGAUGCAGUGAUUCCCUUCUUCCCCCUUUACCUUCAACUUUCAUCGUAAGGCUCUUACAAAUUUGAAGCAGAAAUUGCUUAUAGAUAUCAAAAGUUAAUAGUAAGUACUACAAUGAGGAGGUUAACAUUGAUUCUUGUUAACUAUACUAGGAUGCAUCUAUCAAAAGCUCGUAGCAAUGCCACGGCGCAACCUGCCUGUUAUCAUCUUCCCCAUCAGAUUUGCCAAACGGCGAAUUUGCUCAGCAGAAGUUAGAGUUGACAUUGGGUACACACAUGAAGAUAUCAAACUUCUUGACCCUGUCCCAAAACUUCGAUCCCUUCUUACCUCCACUGAUGCUGCCAUGAGAAGGCAAACACCCUUUCUUCAUGUUGACCACAGCAUUGCUUCCACAUCCAAAGCAAGGAAUAUCUGGGUGCACGUGAAAGCAAUCUUCCAGAGUCACCUCAUGAGUUGCAGAUUUGCCUUUCUUAACCACCUUAGCUUUGCUUUCCUUUUCUUCUUCAUGUUUGUCGAUCUGAUCAUAACACUCGUUUCUCGUCUCCAAUCCAUGAACCUGUCCCUGAAGAUCCUCGAUUUUUCGGCUCAGCAUGCACACCCUGUGAUCCUCCCUCAUCUUUAACACACACCUGGCAAGAUCAGCAGCCUUCCUCUUCAUGUAAACAGACUCUGCAGCCAAUCCCUUGUUCUCCUCGACUAACGAAUUGACUCUGUAUGCUAAGCCGGCGUUCUCAUUCAGCAGUAUCAACCUUUCCGACUCCAAAACCUCCAGUAAACUCUUCUGCAGCUCAAUCUUUCUUGAAGACUCGGCUGCCUUCGUCUCCACAACACUUAGCUCAUUGGCCAUGAUUUCAUAGUCAAGAGAUUUGAUCACCACGUCUGCCACGAUCAGAUCAGCAUCCAGCCCUCCAGGUGGAGAUGGAGUUUGAAAAGACAAGGAACUCACGGCAUCAUCAGAAUCGACAACAUCUCCUGAACCCAAAUCCUCUUCAUAAAACUGCUCAUGCUCAUUGAAACUAAAGGGCGAAAUGGGAGAUGAAUAACGACGACGACGGUGAUUCUGAUUAUUCUUGACAAGGGCUUGACAGUAACGGUCAGCCAACAGGAGGUAGCCAUUAUACAGAUCCUGAAGCAAGGCCAGCAACUGAGGUCGCUUCUGGUAGUAAUCCUCAGCCCUUGUCGCGAAACUGUCAGCAUUGCUUCCCCGAUCAGACGUGGUGUUAAUCGCCAGCGUCUUCAUUCUCUCGUCCAAAUCUGCAAUCCAUGUUUGAAUUUCAGUUAAUGCAAACAAUCCCUUUUUUGUUGAACCCACAAUCAUUUUGGUUUUUAAGUUCAAUAUCCACAGUUUUUUUUUUUUCAAAAACAGAUAUACAUUUAUGAGUAUGAUCAAGAAUGGACCCAAAAUAAGCUAGCAUAUGUUAGAGUCAUGGCAAGAAUUGGACACAUUAGAGAAGAAGGGUAAGCAUGCAAAUGGCCAAUCAUUUCAAAUUCAAAAUUAUUUCACCAAAAGGACUACUGACAAGUGACAAGUCAUGGUCCUUCCUCAUCAUCAUGGACCCUAUUCAUAAACCGAUAUUUUACAUUUUUAUCAGUUGGAACAAAGCUAGUUUCUACUGUAGAGGUUGAAAAUGCGUCAGGAAUCUUAUGCCAUCUCUUUGUUUGUCCGGAUAAUUGUUUGUCAUCAAUGGUUUUACAACUUGGUACAAAUUAUAAAGAGUAAAGACCAAUUCAAAAUGACAAAAUAUUCCUUAACUUUUUUUUUUUCAUUCAUUUCUUCAAAAUAAAGGGUGUUGGAAAAAACCUGGAAAGAAAAUCACUUGUCAAAAACUCAAAAGCACACACACAUUGGGAACUGAGCUGUAAAAGUUUUUUUGUACAAAGAAUAUUAGGAAGUGUUUUUGUUGUAACAUUGGAUUGGGAAUUUGGAAUCCAAUUUCCAAAAUACUGAGAUAUAAGGAAAAGUCAUUGUCACAGUUUAGAGUCUUUUAGACAUAAAGACAAAUACUGUGGAGCAUCCGGGAAUCAAAAAGAGAGGAAAACCCAAAAAACGUAUUGCCACAGUGAAAUCAUAGUCUCUGCAACAAGGGAUCUGUUCAGAUACACAC